AUGGCUUCUUCUAGUUCUCAGUUAAAAAAACAGGUCAAUGUUUUAGUUUCAGGCGAUUUUAUGUUGAAAGAAAGCUUUUACCGAGACAAGAUAGGUGUUGACGCGUGCAUUUUAUGGUCCCCUCGACGAGGCGAAGCUCGUUCCAUUCUUCCAGAGCCUCAAGCAAAUUAUGCAAAUGGACGGCGUUUAAAUUACGGUGGCCGGCGUAAUUAA